UGCGUUCCACCAAUGGCAGGGCAUGAUAGUGGGGGGUGGGUGAAUCCGUGCCCGGCAGCUGGAGAGAGCAAGAUGUUCCUGGUCGGCCUGUCGGGUGGAAUUGCUUCAGGAAAAAGCACGGUAGUGGCAGUAUUCCGGGAACUGGGCUGUGCAGUGAUUGAUGCCGAUGUUAUUGCCAGACAGGUGGUUCGGCCCCACUUCUUGGCCUAUCAGCAGAUAGUGCAUUACUUUGGAACUGAAAUCCUUUUGGAGAGCGGGGAGAUAAACCGCGAGGCUCUGGGAAACGUUAUCUUCUCUCACCCGGAAAAACGACAGGUGCUGAACUCCAUCACUCACCCCGAGAUCCAGAAGGAGAUGCUGAAACAGAUCUUUAAAUAUUUUGUACUAGGCUACCGUUAUGUGAUCCUGGACAUCCCUCUUCUCUUUGAGACCAACAAGCUAACCAAGUUCAUGAAACACACCAUCCUGGUUUACUGCGAUCCGCAGACCCAGCUGUCACGAUUGAUGAAGAGGAAUCGCCUGUCCCAGUCCGAGGCAGAGGCGCGCAUUGCCUCCCAGCUGCCUCUGGACGAGAAGCGCAAAUUAGCCACUCACGUGAUUGACAACUCCGGGGACUGGGAGAGCACACGGAGGCACGUGCUGAAGCUACAUGGGCAGCUAGAGGACUCUCUGGAAUUUUUGCUGGUGCGCCUGGCUGCGGUCAUGGCAUUCACUGGGAUAGGGGGGGCCGUGUACUUCCUCCUCCGGCAUUUUGUCUCUUAAUUCACCUUUUUCUAGCUUUUGCCUUUUAAGGGGCCAAAACUCUGCCUGGAAUUUCCAAGUUUGAAAAGGGCAGUGAAAAGCCAGGAGUUUUAAUGAGCUUUGCUGUCUGAAUACAGGCAAUGAGAUGAGGAGUCUCCUUGCAAACUUCUCAAGGUGAAGCGCGGGUUCGUCACCCAGGCGCCAACUCAUAGCUUCUCUCUUUGCACUUUAUAGUCAUGUUAGUAAUAAUGAGCACCUUCUGUUAGCAGGAUUGGGUGGACUCAGUGGAUGGCUCCAGGCAUCCAGAUGGGAAGUCACUACAGUGUAAGGAUGAAGUGUCCAAACCCUGUUCUAUGUCAUCAUGUCAGAGUGCUGGACCACAUAACAGAAGGAGUCCGUCCAUCUAGUAACCCACCCAGUUGAAUUAGGUCACCUUUGGGUCUUGCAGGACAGUCUGAUCUGGAAAUGGGAAUUUCAGCUGUUGUUUAUGUUCAGCUCCUUCUCAGAAGCCUCAGCUCAGCACCUUCUUGGAUCUGUCCCUUAACCCACACUUUCUCUGUGGACAAGUCAUUUCACCUGCCUGUGUCCUCGUCAGGAGACUUGAUGAAUGUCUGUGAAGUGCCUUAAUAUCUAUCACUGCAGGGCAGGUGGUGGGGUAAACCUUGUGUGGCCUGCCUCGUUAUACACCAUGAAUGGCAAUGCAGUCUCUUUCAGCUCUGCUUUUCUAUGAUCCUGUGACUGUACAGGGCACAGGCAGCCAGGGGUGAAACAGUGUCCAGGCCCCUGAAAGCUUACAGUCUAAAUGAGCAUUGUUCUAACUUCUACCUUGUAAAGGGUCAACACUGAGGGGCCUUCAGGGCUCCAGUAGGUCCAUGAAGGAUCUAGUGUGAAUCCUUAUGGGUGAAACACAGCUACUUGCUUAAGAAACCAAUGCCUUUUAAUUGCCUCUCCAGUAUUAACCUGCUGGUUCUGUAGCAGAGAUAGUAAAUCUGGGGACAACUGGGGAGCUUGCGUUUAGCAUAUCUUUUAAUCAAGUGAUGCCCAGCAGAACACUUCCUGUGGUUCUUUAUUCUUUGUACCUGGAGAACUGCUGUUUCCCAUCUUGUCCGGCAGUUUUAUUCCAGUGCCUGGCUAUUCUUCUUCUAUAAAGUCCACUGCACAGAAGCAGAGUUUGCAAGCACA